CCCUCAGUGCAGUAGUAAAGGUUGAGCGAAUCGCGCAUGACUUAUCGCCACUCUCGUGAGGUGUGUUGGCUUAUCUUCACGGCAAUUGGUUCGCGUUUUUUUUGUUUUCUCAAAUUGGUGAAGCUACCUUCGUGUUCCAAAAUAUACGAUUACGAUACACAGUGUGUUGAGUGUAUUUUUGUGACUUCGGAGUGAUAAGUUAUUUACUUUGGUGCAAGAUGGCAAACCCAGGAGCCAAAAACGGCAACGGCCAUCGUAACGGUAGCUCGAACAACGGCUACCUGGAGACACUGGAAGGUGAGGAAGCGCUGGCCAUCAUCCGGCGGAAUCUAAAAUCCAGCGCUAUGGACAGCGAGGGGACCCAUUUCGAUGGCAACUUUCCGCACGUGUUUGUCGUAUUCGGAGCUUCCGGUGACUUGGCGAAAAAGAAGAUCUAUCCAACGCUAUGGUGGCUGUACCGGGACAAUUUGCUACCGUCGGCUACCAAAUUCUUCGGCUACGCCCGGAGCAAACUGUCUGUGGAUGAAUUGAAGGAAAAAUGCCGCCCAUAUAUGAAGGUUGAGUCCGACCAGCAGGAAAAGUUCGAAGAGUUUUGGGCUCUAAAUUAUUACGUUGCCGGGAGCUACGAUGGGCGGCGAGAUUUCGAACUGCUCAACCAGGAACUGUGCAAGUUUGAGGUUGGCAAGGUGGCCAACCGUUUGUUCUAUCUGGCACUGCCACCGUCGGUGUUCGAAACUGUGACGGUGCACAUCCGGAACACCUGUAUGGGUCAGAAGGGUUGGAAUCGGGUUAUCGUGGAGAAACCCUUCGGACGGGAUGCGGACAGUUCGAAUGCGUUGAGCAAUCACCUGUCCAAGCUGUUCACCGAGGAGCAGUUGUAUCGAAUCGAUCACUACCUGGGCAAGGAGAUGGUUCAGAAUUUGAUGACGAUUCGGUUCGGUAACCAAAUUUUCAGCCCCACGUGGAACCGAAACAAUGUUGCCUCGGUACUGAUCACAUUCAAGGAACCAUUUGGAACGCAAGGAAGAGGAGGUUAUUUCGAUGAUUUUGGAAUUAUCAGAGACGUGAUGCAGAACCAUCUGUUGCAGAUUCUUUCGCUGGUGGCGAUGGAGAAGCCCGCUACCUGUCACCCGGAUGAUAUUCGUAACGAAAAGGUUAAGGUUCUGAAAAGUAUGGAACCACUAACGAAAGAUGAUGUGGUUUUGGGGCAAUAUGUGGCCAACCCGAACGGGCAAGAUCAGGACUCUCGUAUGGGCUACCUGGAUGACCCAACCGUUCCGAAGGACUCGGUUACCCCUACUUAUGCGCUAGCCGUAGUUAAAAUCAACAACGAACGAUGGGACGGAGUCCCGUUCAUUCUGAGGUGUGGAAAGGCACUCAACGAGAGGAAGGCCGAAGUUCGCAUCCAGUACCAGGAUGUGCCUGGAGAUAUUUUCGAUGGCAAGCCCAAGCGUAAUGAGUUGGUCAUUCGCGUUCAGCCGGGAGAAGCCUUAUACGUCAAAAUGAUGACCAAAUCACCCGGAAUCACGUUCGAUAUGGAGGAAACGGAGCUGGAUCUGACCUACGGCCACCGGUACAAGGAUGUUAAGCUGCCGGAUGCGUACGAACGGCUCAUUUUGGAUGUGUUCUGUGGAUCACAGAUGCAUUUCGUUCGCUCUGAUGAACUCAGUGAAGCCUGGAGGAUCUUCACUCCGCUGUUGCAUUACAUCGAGCGAGAGCGACCGGAACCGAUCAAAUAUGUUUAUGGCUCACGUGGCCCGAAAGAAGCUGACCGCAAGUGCGACGAGAACAAUUUUAAAUACUACGGAUCGUACAAAUGGCAGCCCAAGCUGUGAACGAGCUCGCAUUGCUUGACGGGUUGAAUUGUGUCCUCUGCUCAUUUUUGUAUACUGUUUUCUCCUGGAAAAUUUAUUUAUUUAUUCGAAUCAUUCGACAUCGUACAUGCCAGCCAUGUAUACUGUUGGAAUUGUAGGAACGUGAAGGAACUGAAAAUUACAUUUCAUUAAGAGAUUUCAUGUGCAACAUUCGUUACAGUUUUGGAGACUAUUUUUUAUACACAUAUUAUGAAAAAAAAACAUGUCAAUUAAAACAUUCCCAUACGUUUUUGAUAA